AUGACUUCCUCUCGGCGCCCAACGGUGCCAAUACGGCGUCGAGUGCGGAGGCCCGAAACCCCGCCCCCGGCCUAUUCUGAGCACGACAUGGUCACCUCAACCCAACUGGUUCCUUACGAGGACGAUGAGCAAAGCGCUCUUUCGGCAAAUGGUCCGCGUUGCCAAUCGACCCGCUACUGCAGGAAGCACGAAUGUGGUGUGGAAGGGAGGUAUUGCACCGCGCACGAGUGUGGCUGGCGGGACUGUGAUUAUCCUCGGAACGGCCUCUCGAACUUCUGCGAACACCAUACCUGCCAGCUUGACGGCUGCCACUCGCUUAGUCCCGAGGACGAGUAUCGAUACUGCGAGGCGCAUACCUGUCGGAGCGAGCGCUGUGCCGAGCAGCACGAGCUUCCUUCCAAGUACUGCUCUAAACACAAAUGCCAUGUCGACGGUUGCAUGCGGGGAUUCUUGAAACCGAGCGACUUCUGCCCCAACCACCAGUGCGCCGUCGGCCGGUGCAAGGCAGCGCGAAGAGAAGAUAGUAGUCUAUGUCCGCGCCAUGAGUGCGCGACUGGGGACUGCCAUUUACGACGACUCGAAAAAAGGUGUCCAGAUGCGCACCUCGAGGGCUUCCGCCACUGUGAUCCGCACAAGUGCCGAUCGUGCGAGAGGCCGUCUAUUCCGGAGAGCGGAUGCCCCCAGGCUCGGAUAGACGACUCGACAUGGUGCUCACGUCAUAUUUGUCACGCGGACGAAUGCGUCGAGCGGGCGCUUGUUAGCGACGGAUACUGCAGCGAUCACACCUGUGCUAAAGGAGAAUGCGUCGAGGGUUUAUACAAGACUGAGGAUCCAGGCUGUCUUCUGGUGGUUUCGAAGCUGGCGCACUGUGUUGAGCACGAAUGUCCACGACGUACCUGUCCCUUCCCGCGGUUCUGGGACGAUGAAAAGGGCGAGAGGAAACAUAUGUGCUGCAAGGACCACACGUGUCGCCAAGACGAGUGUUAUGCCCCGGUGGCCCGUAAUAAGGAUUUCUGCGACGACCAUCUUUGCCCAUUUACCGAAGGCUGCGUGUGGCCCCGGUGUCGCCGGGAACUAUGCUGCAACCCAUGCAUCCCCCGUAGCCUGUUCUGUGCAAGCCAUGUCUGCGCUCGCAAAGCCGGGUGUAUCGACGAGCCGGUGGAAGGGGGCCAGUUUUGCCAGCGACAUACAUGUGCUCAACCUGGUUGCUUGGAUCGCAGCAGUGAUAGUGGUUUCUGCCUCGAUCAUAUUUGUAUGUGGGAGGAAGGAUGCCCGAACGGCCGUGGUGGCCCGGACCAUACCUAUUGUGAAGAUCACACGUGUACGCGACGAGGAUGCAUUAAUCGAUGUAAAGGACAUCACGGCCUUUGUUCCUCACAUGCAUGUAGCUGGAAUCAGGUGUGCAUAAGCACGCCGCUCGGUUCCGGGAACUUCUGCCGCCUACACACUUGCACCAAGGAAAGCUGUACCAGAGCGAGCGUGAUGGAAGAAAGCCUAUGUGGCCGCCACUCUUGCUCGUGGGACUCGACAAUCUGUCUCAAGCCGCGGUGGAAGCGAAGCAGUUAUUGCGAGGACCACACCUGCGGCGAGAUGGGCUGCGGGUUCUCCCGUAUUCCCGGCGGAUCGUACUGCGUGGACCAUUCCUGUCAGGCAUCCAAGUCUUGCACCGGACAGGCGGAGCUGGGGAGCGAUUAUUGCAUCGAGCAUAAAUGCAGCAGGCCCAACUGCAGGCUGAGGAGCCACCCGAUGGCGGGCUAUGACUUUGCGAGCUUGCAGAGUUUUCAAUCACAAUCACGCAGCGGCUACGGCCUCAUCGACCCCCUCGUCGCCGCAUCGCUUGCGCAAGUAAAUGCUCCAAGAGAGAACAGGAAUAACCCGAGGCAUGUCUCUAAGAAACGUCCUUGGGUAUCGUGA